UUGACACCUUUGGCAAACAGUCACCGUUUUCUCCAUUCCCUAACCAGAGAAAAAAUUAUCCCAUGGAUUGAAUCUCAUGAAACCAUCACUCUCUCAACCUAGUUCCACACCACCACCACUGACGCAACCUCGCCACCGAUGCCACCCCGCCACUGCAGCCACCCUCUUCCUUUCUUCCCGACUCCUUCCCCUCUCUUUCUCUCUCACUUCGAACCAUGCUAGAAGAAACUCAAGGCAAAAAAUCUCGAACCAGAAACUUUGAUUGAAGUCGGGAGCUGUAGGGAUUCCUAAACUUGAUGUUGCAACAACUCUCUUGCCGCCAUUGAAUGAACCCUUCAUCCGAUGAUCACAUCACGGCGAUCUAGAUCACUCAAUGAGACACUAUCAACCCUUCUAUUUCACCAUUCCAAUCCAUUCACCAACCACAUUCGUUCUCUCUCUUACCGCCCUCCUCGCCCCACCAUACCCAAACCCCCUCACAAACCCUCCAAAAAACUCCUCCCCAAACCAAUCACUUUCAUAACAGACCUCAAAGAAAUUCAAAACCCAGAUGAAGCCCUCUCUCUCUUCAACGACUACACCCAAAUGGGUUUCAAACACGACUACCCAUCCUACUCCUCCCUCAUUUACAAGCUCGCCCGUUGUCGAAACUUCGAACCCGUCAAAACCCUUCUCCAUAGCAUUAAACACCACAACAUUCAAUGCAGAGAAGCCCUUUUUAUUGGCUUAAUUCGUCAUUAUGGAAAAUCCCAGUUGCCAGAGGAAGCCAUUGAUCUGUUUCAACAAAUGGCUAGUUUUAACUGUGUCCGUACAUUGCAGUCUUUCAAUACCCUCCUCAAUGUUUUGGUUGACAAUGGGAGGUUAGAAAAGGUGAAUGAGAUGUUUAAGUGCGCGUCGAAAAUGGGUUUUAAGCUGAAUUCCGUUUCGUUUACGGUUAUGAUCAAGGGGUGGCUCGAGAGGGGUGAGUGGGAACAAGCUUGCCGGGUGUUCGAUGAAAUGCUCGAGAGAGGAGUUGAACCCUCGGUGGUAACUUAUAAUUGUCUGGUUGGGUAUUUGUGCAAGAAAUGUGACUUGGAUAGGGCUAAGGGUAUGCUCGAUGACAUGGCCAAGAAAGGGCAAAAACCUAAUGCAGUCACGUACUCGUUGUUGAUGGGAGGUUUGUGCUCUUUAGAUAAGUACAACGAAGCGAAGAAGAUGAUGUUUGAUAUGGAGUAUCGAGGGUGUAAACCACAGAUGGUGAAUUAUGGUGUUUUGAUGAAUGAUCUUGCAAAGAGAGGGUUGAUUGAGGAAGCCAAGGCUUUGCUUCAUCAGAUGAAGAAAAGACGGUUCAAGCCUGAUGUUGUGACUUACAAUAUACUGAUUAAUUAUCUGUGCAAGGAUGGGAGAGUUGCUGAGGCGUACAAAAUUCUCGUGGAAAUGCAGGUUCAAGGUUGUGAGCCAAAUGCAGCCACGUAUAGAAUGAUGGUUGAUGGGUUUUGUCGAGUUAAGGACUUUGAAGGAGGCUUGAAGCUUUUGAAUGCAAUGUUAGCAAGUAAGCAUUGCCCACGUCUCGAAACGUUUUGCUGUUUGAUUAGGGGAUUAGCCAUGUGUGGCAAGGUGGAUGAUGUUUGCUUUGUUUUGGAAGCUAUGGAGAAGAAGAAAAUGAGAUUUGAUCUACAUUCUUGGGAAGUGCUGGUUAGGGAAGCUUUUGGUGAGGAUCAUGGCAGUGCAAGCAGUCUUGUGACUGAACUGAUUUCUGCUCAUCAGUAGGCUUCAUGGAAUAUGCCUUGGUGGUCCACGGUAAUUGGCAAUGUACCAUCUAGCACAACUAUCAUGAGGUCAAAUCAUGCAUUGGGUGGUCGGUUUGGAACUUAUUCAUCAUAUUGCUGUGGGAAACUAUCGUGAUUAUUCGACAGAAGUCAAACGGUUGAUCUAUUUUGAUUCAGGAGGCCGGUGCUGUCCCGCAUGAGGAGUUCUUAGUUUUUUGGCCUUUCGCUUCCUUCAUUGUGGGAAAAAUGUAGAAGCAAAGACACUUUCGUGGAUGGCAACAUUGGCAAGAUUGGGGACCCCUUGUGGGGUUAAGUGGAAUAUGUUGGAGACCUUACAGGGCAAUGGAAGUGACCAAUUACGUCUUUGAGCCCCAAUAAUGCUAACAUUGGUACAAAUAAAAACCUUUACUCUCUCAGUGAUCAGCACUUAAAUUGUUACAAUCUUUUGUCCUUUAUUAUUCUGUUACAUUUCUCGUUCUUUCUAUUUGAUUUCAGUUCAUCUGAACAAUGCUUUUUCUGUGGCUUUUAAAAAGAGUGGAUUAGAAACUUGUAAAACUAUAACCAGAGUACAUUUGAUUCGUUUGCUUGAAAGAAGCUUUUUUCUUCUUCCAUUUGAAAGUUUUUUUUUUUUUUUUUUUCCAUUCUAGGGCUGAAAUUGUGAAUCAAUCUGGUUCACCCCUUUACUUGUAAUUGUUUCAAAAAGUAUUUGGUACUUUAUCACAAACUGGUUGGGAUGAGUAUUUGUUUUAGUUAUAACUGUUACUCUUCCCUUUCAGUUGAAGAUUUUCUCAUUCAAGACCUGUAUGUAUUAGCUGCUUUGGCAGAGCAACAUUCUACUUCAGAGAGAUUAAAGGAGGUUAGCUAGUUGAUAGAAAAUUUGCUUCAAUGCGUUGUUGUUUCUAUUGUAUUCCAGUACAACAUGUGCACUUUCUUGCAAGUAGGGUAUUACCCAGGUCCUCUCUAUCAUAGAUCAGAAAUGAUUCGUGCACAGCAGCUGUGCACAGCAGUCUGUGCACGUAGC